GCCAGCCUCCCAUUCGCUGGCUGGAAAGGGAGGUAAAUAUCCUUUGCUUUCAUUUUUGUUUUGGAUGGAAGGCAUCUCGGGGAGUGUCUGCAGGACCCUGGUAACAUGGCAGAUAUUUCCAAAAUCUAUGAAACAAGGCGGAAGACGGAAAGGGACAGCCCACCGGUAAGGUCUAAGGUUGACUGGAGACGUACAAAGAAAGAUAUUAUUUCUCUAAUUACUGACUCUGAUGAGUGUAGCACGACUUCCGAGGAAGAUGGUUAUGAAAAUGAGGAUGUUGUGGAAAGUGUCAUCUCUUCAGAGGAAAAAGAAAAUGAACAACAUCUAAAAAACAAUAAAGAUGAGGAUAAAGAUGAGGAAUCCAUUGUCCUUCCUAAACGGAAGAGAAAAACUUCUGUAAUGUACAGUGACAGCGACUCUGACAGUGAUGUCCCCAUUGGAAAAGUUCUUGCUAAACGCCGCCAUAUUAUAAAUGAAGAUGACGAGCCCUGUGAAGAUGGAGAAAAGCUACAAGGAGAAACCGCAAAGGAUGAAGCAGCUGAAAGAAAGAUGAAGAAACAAAGAAACUUUGAGAACCUCAAACAACUUGCUCAGAGGAGACGAACCCGCAGCCAGUCCAAAAGCUGGGAAGAGUUGGAGGACAGUGAAUGUGACACGUCAUCGUAUGUCUCACAAGACAAAAUAAGUGAAAAUGAGUAUGACAGUAUGGAAGACUUCAUAGACAAUGAUGAAGAUGAAAAUACACCUUCUGAGUUAGAAAAAAAUAAACAAUUGUUUCCUAAACAUCUUCCUAUGUUGUAUUUCAGUGACCUUCAAAGCCAUUUCCAGAGGAUCAUAAAGGCACUUCUCAUCAGUGUCAUCGAUAAAGGAUUCCUGUCUACAUUAUAUAAAGGAAUGAGGAAAAAAAGGUAUGCCAGAGAUAUGUUGGAUUCCCUCGAUUACAUAGAUAAACGUGUAAUAUCACCCCGUCUGGUAAACCUCCAUACAAGAAGCCGCUGGAGCAAUCGUUAUAAGGAAAGAGUGGAAACCUAUCCUUAUCUCAGUGUACAUGGGGUAGACGCACGGGACCAGUCCUGUCAAGCAUGUGAACUGCAUCGACAUUGUAGAUUUCUUGUGAUACUAUCAGGACCAUCCUAUAAAAAUGAUACAUUGGAAAAAGAUGAGUUUAUGUCAAAUGAUAAACAGGAGUUGAAAAUCGGCAAUGUGUGCACCAGGCGGACAGAGGCUUAUCACCAGCUGAAGCAUUUUAAAUACCACCUUUACGAGAGUUGCAUGCCAGAAAUGGACGAAAUCAAGUCAAGACUUGAGGACAAGCCUGCCAAAGAAAUAGUGGAAUGCUGCCUGUUUAAAAUGGAAAGUGAAGGGUUUAUUAAAGAGAAUGUCAAGAAGCUUGAACAAUACCUGGAUAUAGCUGACAACUUUCAGCAAGAAAUGGUGAACUACUAAUUACAUGGCAGAAGAGUGGAUAUAUGACAUGGACACUUUUAUCAUCAGCUUUAUCAGUAAUAUAAUUUUAUCGGUUUUAAUUAAAGUAAACUUGUAUCACUGUUUAGAGCAGGGACAGGUAUGGACAUUGUUUAUGGCGAACAUUUUUAAAAUUACUGGACUGAAGGAUACUAUCUUUUUAAAAAAAAUGUAAAUGAUACUAAAGAGUUCCCCUAUGUUAAAAUGAAUCAUUAUAUUCUCUUGACAAAGACAC